AUGGGUUUAUGGGAAAAAGGGAGAUCCCUUAUGUUGAUUGAGAAAAUCGUGGAAGUCGCCGACAAGCAAAGACGUCUUGAACGUGCUGGUGAGGAAGCUGAACCUGUGCUGAGCGAAUGUCAGAAGAUUUGCUUCGAGUUGAAGGAUCUGCUGCAACCGUAUCAGGAAAGAGGAGUCCUUUUGGAUGCCCAUAUGGUGGAUCUGACUACUCCUCUUAUAGCGUUCAUCACGGAGGAAGUCUCGACUGAGGAGGCAUGGCCGGGCAGUUGUCAUCUUAUAUGCUCUACGUUGUAUUUAAUUUUCAAGGUCAGAGGCCUCAAUAGUGCAUCUUCCGGAUGCUUCCCUCACGACAUCGCGCUCAUCGAACCAGUGUUGAAGCAGGCGGAGGAGAUAUUCUCGACGGCUCGUGCUGAGACUGAGGAGGGAUGGGAAUCGAAAUAUCAUCAAGCUGGUGGUAGACGUUUGAGCUGUAAAUUUCUCCCGGCGGCGCCAUCUGAUGGGAAAAAGAUGGGAGAGAUGACAGUUGGUGAUUUCAGCAUGCGAGAGUCGGUUCAAAGUCUGGUUGAGGACGUCAUUGGCGAUAUACUUUUGCCUUCUUUGGAAGACCCGGUUACUGUAGUUAGAUGGACAGCUGCUAAGGCAUUAGGACGGAUCUCGAAUGCUCUACCGUCAGCAGCAGCAGUUGACGUGUUCACAGCUCUCACUCGAGACAAUGAUGAUGGUAUCAAAACUCUCGGAAAUGCUCACAGACUGCACGGCACGAGCCUUGCGAUAGCUGAGUUGAUCCGGAGAUUGGGUUCGACAGCGCUCGCCUUUGACAGCCCCGCGUCCCUGGGUGCUCUCCUGUCUGAAGUUGCUAAACCUGCAUUUGAAUGCCAAGGCUUGGCAGCAGCGAGAGACGCCGCUUGCUUUAUCACUUGGGCGGUCGCAAGGGGGGUCUGCGACAGGGAGGUUGUUAGGAAGAAUCUGGAUAUGAUUUUGAGGCUUCUGGUCUGCUCGUCUCUGCUCGAUCCGAAUAUUAUUGUUCGGCGAGCGGCCUCAGCAGCGGCUCAAGAGAUUGUCGGUAGAUUAGGAUGUGUCAGUGCUGAUGACCCGGGCUUCCUGUUUGUGAAUUUGGUUGACUACUGGACUGUUGCUAAUCGAGUCCAUGCGGCUACUACUCUUCUGGGUGAAGUUGCAAGCAAGCUCUCGAGAAGCGAUUCUGAUUUGGUGCCUUUUGUUUUGGAUCAUCUCUACCGUUUACAUCUAAGGAGUACCGACAAGAGAACUAGAGAGCUGGCAGCACGGAGUGUAGGCGCGCUGGUGCCCUUCGUGGAUGAUAGCCAUCUUAGUGAGUUCAUAGAGGACAGGCUCUUACCGGCGUGCCUGGAGGAGACGACAACUCAUCCGACAAUUUUUCGUCAUGGAGCAUUGUUGGGUGUCUCGGAGGUUGUGGUGGCGUGUGAGGAGCUGAUCAACAGGGACGAAUCACGCAGCGGGAAGAUUUUGGAUACUAACACGGCGACUUUGAUACGGAACGUUGUCCCCAAGCUGGAGAAAGCUCGACUGUAUAGAGGGAGAGGAGGGGAGAUGAUUAGAGCAGCGGCGUGUUCGUUGAUGCAGGCCGUUUUUUAUGUCCAAAUUGCUGCUGCUGAAGCAUUGAUGACCCUGGUUGUGUGCCGACCUAGUGAAAUUACUUCUGAUGAAAUCGGGAAAAUUGGAAAAGAGUAUAUUGAAAAACUUGAGGUUGCUGAUGAAAAUGUGGCGGCGCGACGAGGCUAUGUUUUGGCGUUAGCAUUAAUAACGAGAGCUCGAAAGACUCCUCCUGAGGAUCCUGUGGUAUCACUUUUCGUGAGGGAAGCGAAUGCAUGGCCGACUCAUCCGAUUUCGAAGGACCUAGUUGAUGCUGAAACACGACGGUGGGCAGUAUUAGGACUACUCGGCGUGGUUCAGAGUGAAGUUGUUGUGGAUGCUGUUGUGGAGACUUUGAUACGAUGUGUGGUUGUUGAUUAUGCUACCGAUAGUAGAGGAGAUGUCGGGCGAUGGGUACGAGAAGGUUCGGUUAGAGGAGUCUCGGAAGUUCUCGCGGGAAGGUCUAUGAAAUCGUUUGUUGUUGAUAGCUGUCUGGCUGCACUGAUCUCGGCGAGUGUGAGUAGAUUGGAUCAUGUUAGAGUUGUUGCUAUUAGUGGUAUAGAAGACAUUAUUGUUGGGCGAGGCUGUCGGGGAGGAGGGCCGUUCGAGAAGGUGUAUGCGACAGUUCGGAAGAAUUACGAAGCUCCUCCUCGUAUCGAUUCACUCCAGCUGCCCUCGAAUGCGGUCACCACGUCUCAGUUGAGAUGGCCAGCACUCUGGGGUGACAUAUUGGAGCUCUACCGAGGGAAGGAGAAGAUGAACGUAUUUAGAUCUGGGUUGACGUCCAUGAGGAAAUUCCCCGCGGUUCGAGAUAAAUUAGUGAUACUCUCAUCAGUGGUGUCGUCAGCAGGCAGUCUUUCCCAUGGAGUAGCACAGGAGGCGUCCGAGGCUCUCAUCAGCCUGCUGAAAGAAGACGAAGUAUUUCGGUGUGAAUUAGCGGAGUUACUGCUGAUUUUGCGGCAAGAAAUAAAUACUGUCGCUGUUUUCCCGACGAAAGCUGAUCGUGAUAGUCGUUUUUCUAUACCGUGGUUGACUACGAUGGAGUUGUUGCUCGCAAGAGAUCUAUUGGUGUUGAAUGAAAAUGAAGUGAGCGAAGUUGUGAAAGGAAUUGUAGCUGAAUUACGAGGAUCUCGAAGUGUUGCUAAGCUGCGAGAAUGUGCCGUGUGCCUUUCUACGGUGUAUUUUGGUAUACUCCCUGUAUCGGCUGAGACGAAGACUGAAAUAGAACUCGCGCUUUUUGGUCGUCUGUUGUGUCAUGAAUUCCCGAAGAUUCGUCAUGCAACAGCGAAGACGAUUUAUGAGAAAUCUUUGCUGUGCGCGUCGCGGAGGGAUGAAGAUAUGUUUGAUAUUAUAAUAGAAACUGACUGGACUGCAGAUGAGGUGCUUUGGAAAGAAGUGCAUUUGAAGAUAUGUGAGCGGAUUGGUGUUGAAGCCGUGGUGGAGCAGGAAGCGGCGAUGAUCCCUACCCGAGUGCCUUACAAUUUGUAA